GCUUCUACAGAGAGACUGGAGACAAUUGAACAGCGGGGGAGCUGGCUCAGGCUCUCUCUUCAACGUGAUGCACGCAGCAGCAGCAGCAGCAACAGCAGGAUCGUUGCAUCGCCUUUGCUGGCUGCAGAGCUACGUUGCGUGAUCACCACCGCUGGCGUGGGGAUCGUGGUCGAUCUUGCCCGAGCCAGCCAGUCGGGGGGAACGGACUGUCCUUUUUUUUGUCCUCUGCGUGUUCUAAUUUCACGGAGAAGCAAAGUGCCACGGUAGGCAGGAGUCCGCCGCCGCUGUCGCCGCGUCCCCACGUGGACUCGCGGGUGCUGAUCACAUUGGCAGGCUGGUGCUGCAGACUUUGAGAUCGGCAAGAGCGGCGGGAUUGGCAAACGCUUCCUUGGCGCCCAGGCAGCGAGGGUGCCCGGUACGGGAAAGAGAAAGCGAGCGCCCAGUCCAGGCGUUUGAGCGGGACCCAGCCAACCGCCCCCCCCCUCGGAGCAGGAUGCCGGCAGCGGCUGGUGACGGGCUCCUGAGCGAGCCCCUGGAGGCCAGCUUCGGCGACGGCGAGCCCACGACGCCCCCGCUCAGCCCGGAGGGGACUUUCCUGGCCGCCUGGGUCAACGCGGCCGCGUCCCGGGAGCGCCUCCGCGAGUUCCAGCACACCAAGCGCGUCGGCAACUACCUGAUCGGCAGGAAGUUGGGCGAGGGCUCCUUCGCCAAAGUGAGGGAAGGGCUGCACGUUGUGACCGGAGAAAAGGUGGCAGUGAAAGUUAUUGACAAGAAGAGAGCUAAAAAGGACACUUACGUGACCAAGAAUCUAAGGCGAGAGGGCCAGAUUCAGCAAAUGAUUCGCCACCCCAACAUUGCUCAGCUGCUGGAUAUCUUGGAAACUGAGAACAGUUACUAUCUUGUCAUGGAGCUGUGCCCGGGAGGCAACCUGAUGCACAAAAUCUAUGAGAAGAAGAGACUUGAAGAGCACGAAGCCCGCAAAUAUAUUCGACAGCUAAUUCUCGCUGUUGAACAUCUACAUCGUGCAGGAGUUGUUCACAGAGAUCUGAAGAUAGAAAAUCUCUUGCUGGAUGAAGAGAACAAUAUCAAGCUUAUUGACUUUGGCUUAAGCAACUGUGCGAGCAUUUUGGGAUACUCUGAUCCUUUCAGCACACAGUGUGGCAGCCCAGCCUACGCAGCACCUGAACUUCUUGCAAGGAAAAAAUAUGGUCCCAAAAUAGAUGUUUGGUCCAUUGGAGUGAAUAUGUACGCAAUGCUGACCGGAACCCUUCCCUUUACUGUGGAGCCAUUCAGCUUGAGAGCUUUGUAUCAGAAGAUGGUAGAUAAAGAAAUGAAUCCUUACCCUACUCAGCUUUCCACAGCAGCUGUAAGCUUCCUGCGAUCUCUGCUAGAACCAGAUCCUGCAAAAAGACCAAAUAUUCAGCAAGCUUUAACAAAUCGUUGGCUUAGUGAGAAUGGCAAACCAAUGAAUAACGUCACCUAUCCCAACAGGAUUCACAUAGAAGACAUGAGCCAAAGUGUCCUGCUCUACAUGACUGAAAAGCUUGGCUAUAAGAACAGUGAUGUGAUCAAUACUGUCCUCUCUAACAGGGCUUGCCACACUCUUGCCAUCUAUAUCCUGCUUAAUAAGAAGCUAGAACGCUAUGUGGCAAGUCUGAGAAAAACUGACAUUCCUGAUAAUGUGUACAUGAACCAGUUGUGUCGGACAGAAAAAUACAAAUCAAACAAAGAUUCCUACGAGGACAAAAAGGUCAAGGAACAAGAAACAAAAGAAGAGCCUCUUCAUCCACUUCUGAAGAAAUUGGAGAAAAAUACCGCUUCUUACAAAGAGCCUUCUUCAUGCCUGAUGACACAGAUGCAAAAUACAAAAGCCCUGCGGACUGAUCGCAGACCCAGCCAGGGUAGUCCGUCUGAGAAAGAUGCUCCUGGUGGUUUGAGCCCUUUCCAUGAAUCAGCAUCAGCCAAGACAGGUUGUGUCACCUCCUAUUCAUUGGAAUACCUUGAAAUCCAGCAACCUGUUCCAAGGACCCCGAGGCUCACAAGACGGCAAGAUUCACCUCAACAACUGGAGCCUUCAAGUCCUGGCAGCCAGAACUUGGAUUCUCCUUUAAUUCUGAACAUUGUACAUUCUUUUGAAACGGGGGACAGGGAGGACCAAAUAGACCAGGUAUCUCCCACACAUCAGUAUCGAAUGCUAAGCUCACCAGUAAAUUUUGGUCGGAGAAGCUCCAGCGAAAGGACAUUGUCUCCGCUCUUCCAACCUGGAGGCACUUCUCCCAGUCCUACUAAAAGCCCGGUUCACCCCACUCAGCUCUCCUUUACAUACGAUGAAAAGAGCAGUUCUUUUAGAGAGGAAGCUGUGUCUCCAACUCAAUUAAACAACACAUCUAAUCCUCUGGGGAGUCCUAACUGUGUGAAGAGCCGAGGUCGCUUUCCCAUGAUGGGCAUUGGACAGAUGAUGCGGAAGAGGAAUCAGUCAGUAGGAUCACCAACAGAGAAGACUUUGGAAGCAAGAAUGCCUCAGCUGCAGCAAAUGAGCCCAACACAGAUUUCAUUCAAUAUAAUGGAGCCUAUAAACGGCCAGUGCUGAAGGAACCAUGAUGAAAGCUUAUGUUUACCAUCUAGUGCUGGUUACUGGAACUUUCCUGCACAGUUAGUGAAAACUGGCAGUCAUAAUGUUUUUUGCUGUAUAGUUUAUUAUUACAUCUGAUGAGAAAAUCACAGGGCACACAUUUUUGUGGUGUUUGGAUAGUGCAAUUCACAAAAGAACAAGUAUUUCCAAAUGUUGUAAAGACUUGUUUGGUUUUAAAGGUCACCUCAAUCUUCCCAAGUUGGUAUUUUUGGAGACUGUGUCUUCAAAUCAUACAAAAGUAUAUGUCAACAAAAGACAUUUCCACCUAAUAGCUUGAUUGCUGAACAUUGAAAGCAGAAUAUUAGAACAGCCAUUUUGUUUCUGAAGCCAUGGUUGACAGACUGGCUAGACAAAAAUUAUAAUCUCUGUUACUCUGGCAUACACCGUGAUCGUGUCACUCUAAGAGAGGAGACAUAAAGGACAAAGAAGGCUUUUUGUUUCUUAAUUCAUGUCAGGACAAAGAAGAACUUGAUCUAAAAGUAGUUGGAAUCAAAGCACAAAAGCUAUACACUGAUAAGCAAAGAAAUUAAUGCUCCUGUAAAAAGACAUCACCAUCUCAAAAAGUGUUUGGACAUGUGGAAAUGUGAGUUCACACACGUCAUCUUGAGACUAGCCAUGGGUGCUUAAAACCACAGGCCAUAUUUCUAGAUCUGCUUUUUUAAAAAAAGAGAAGGUGGUCAUCUCUUUGUAUAGUUGUACCAUUUCUGGUGAAAAUGUCCUUAGAAAAAUUGUACAAUCCCAAUUUUAGCAAAACAGCACUGGACAUACUUGAAAGUAUUGCUGAGAAACACUGCGCUGCAUUAAAAAGAAACAUCCAAGGAGACAUCUGCCAGCAUCAGAGCCAUUUACAAAUGGCAGUUCAGUAUCAGAAAAUGCAGUAGUGCUGUGAACUGUGAAGACAAGCUUUCGUAGAAGGGAAAUACAUUUUAUGCUCUACCGUUCUUUAUAUUUGACAGUAAAGAAGAUCGCUGUGUAAGAAAAUAGGCUGGUGGAGGAGGGAGGAAUAUGAUUUGCUAUCAUAUUGCAGGGUUUUAACCAAAGAGUAUUCUAUGGUUUAUCUGUGCCCUGCUAGCAUACAAGGUAUGUGUACAGGAUUGUUGAUCAUUGUUUGCAUUAGCCUAGCACAAAGGCAAUUGAUCAGUAUUGACAUACAUGCUUCUCCAAUUCUUUAGCAUACAUCACAGAUAAACGUUGAUUCUUUCUUAAAAGACAGAUUGGGAUAAGUUAUUUUUUUAUUAUUAAAACAUUUUUGUUUCCAAGUCAUUUGAUACCUUCAGAUAAGGGGGAAAAUGUUACUUAGUUUUUCACCCAAUGAGACACCACUGCUUCACAAAGAGUCUUGGAUAUCCUCU